GCCCUACGCCGUGACUCGCUUCCUCCCACGGACGGGAACUGGGAGGAGUGAGCGGCCUCGGGCUGCCGCCCCGACCCCGCCAGCGCAGCCAGCCGCCGUGCCCCGCUGCCCGCCGAGAGCCGCGGCCGCCGCGGCUGGGAGGGACGCCGCCGCCACCGCCGCCGCCGAGCCCCAGCUCCCUGCGGCCAGCCGCCGCCAUGCCCGCCGUCGACAAGCUCCUCCUGGAGGAGGCUUUGCAGGACAGCCCGCAGACUCGGUCGUUGCUCAGUGUAUUUGAAGAAGAUGCAGGAACCCUUACUGAAUAUACAAACCAGUUGCUUCAGGCAAUGCAGCGAGUCUAUGGUGCUCAGAAUGAAAUGUGUCUUGCCACACAACAGCUUUCGAAGCAGCUCCUUGCCUAUGAAAAGCAGCAUUUUGCCUUAGGGAAAGGAGAUGAAGAAGUGAUAUCCACCCUUCAUUACUUUUCAAAAGUUGUGGAUGAGCUCAAUAUUCUUCAUUCUGAAUUGGCAAAACAGCUUGCAGAUACAAUGGUUCUCCCAAUAAUACAGUUUCGGGAAAAGGAUCUCACAGAAGUAAGCACGUUGAAGGAUCUUUUUGGCCUUGCUAGCAAUGAACAUGACGUGUCCAUGGCAAAGUAUAGCAGGUUACCGAAAAGGAAAGAAAAUGAAAAGCUUAAGGCAGAAGUGGCAAAAGAAGUGGCAAAUGCAAGGAGAAAGCAGCAUCUUUCAUCUCUGCAGUAUUACUGUGCCCUGAAUGCUCUGCAGUACAGGAAGAGAGUGGCAAUGAUGGAACCUAUGCUAGGAUAUACACGAGGACAGAUCAACUUUUUCAAGAAAGGAGCAGAGAUGUUUUCCAAAAGAAUGGACAGCUUUUUGUCAUCUGUUUCAGACAUGGUUCAAAGCAUACAGGGGGAGUUGGAUGCUGAAGCUGAAAAAAUGAGGGUAUCCCAGCAGGACUUGAUUUCAGUUAAUGAGUCUGUUUACACCCCAGACUCUGAUAUAACUUCACCUGCUAUCAAUAGAAACCUCAUCCAGAAGGCUGGCUACCUGAAUCUUAGAAAUAAAACAGGUCUGGUGACUACAACUUGGGAAAGACUGUAUUUCUUCACUCAAGGUGGCAACUUGAUGUGUCAGCCGAGGGGAGCGGUAGCUGGAGGAUUGAUUCAGGACCUGGACAACUGCUCUGUUAUGGCUGUAGACUGUGAAGACAGAAGAUACUGCUUCCAGAUUACUACUCCUACGGGCAAAGCGGGUAUAACUCUUCAAGCAGAAAGCAAGAAGGAAUAUGAAGAGUGGAUAUGUGCCAUCAACAACAUCUCCAGACAGAUAUAUCUCACCGACAAUCCAGAGGCAGCUGCAAUCAAGUUAAACCAGACAGCCCUACAAGCAGUGACUCCCAUUACUACCUUUGGGAAAAAACAUGAGGUUCACCAUUCCAGCCAGAAUGUAAGGAAUACAGAAAAUGAUAAAACAACGCCCAAUGAAUCAGCUGGUGCUCAAGACUCCACACAACUCAUUGCUCUUGGAACACCGAUUCAGUUUGAUAUUGUACUGCCUGCCACGGAAUUCCUGGACCAGAACAGAGGUGGCAGGCGUGCAAACCCAUUUGGGGAAUCCGAAGGCAGCAGCAAAAAUGAGGAAGAAGAUUCACUCUUGCAGCAGAUGUUCGUAGUUCGGUUUUUAGGAUCUAUGGCUGUCCAGUCAGAUGACACGAGUGAGGUGAUUUAUGAAGCCAUGAGACAAGUGUUAGCUGCUCGUGCCAUUCAUAACAUCUUCCGUAUGACUGAAUCCCAUCUCAUGGUCACCAGCAAGAACUUGAGGUUAAUAGAUCCUCAAACUCAAGUUACACGAAUAAGUUUUGAACUUGCCACUGUGACACAGUUUGCUGCUCAUCAGGAUAACAGGAGACUGAUUGGUUUUGUGGUCCAUCUCAGUGAGACUCCGGGAGAAGAAUCCAUGAGCGCAUACGUUUUUGAGAGCAACACAGAAGGAGAAAAGAUUUGUUACGCCAUUAGCUUGGGAAAAGAAAUCAUUGAGGCACAGAAGGACCCAGAAGCAUUAGCUCAGCUAAUGAAGUCUGUGCCAUUAACAAAUGAUGGAAAGUUCAUGCUUCUGAACGAUCAGUCAGAAGAGGAUGGAACCACACAUGAAGAAGGGGAAGAAUCAGAAGCAUAAGAAAUCCUGGACCUUUCCUAC